AUGGACUUUCAACGACGCUCGGACGCUGCCCCGCGCGCUGGUGCCGGCGCGGCGGCAGGCCAGGACAUCCUAUCCGUGCUGCAUGAUUUGUCCACGCUUCUGAACACUGGACUGGACAAGGAUCAGCUCAAGGCGUGCGUGGACCUGAUUGAAGAUGGAGUUGGCCCCGAAGCAGUUGCGAACAUCGUCAAGGAACUGAGAAGCAGGGCAAGCGACAAGCCCUGA